AGUUUUUAACAUUGCGUGAUUAAAUAAUUUGCAUCAAAAUGGCAGAACCAACUAUCAACGCGGAGCCUGACCUAGUACCGGAUGAACAGUCUGACGAAGAGCAUGACUCAUCUAUGGGAUUGAGCUUAGCGUCCACGUCUGAGAGCUUAAGAAGCUCCAUUCUGGACUAUCGAAAAGAAAACGGCAGGACCUAUCAUCGGUAUAAGGAUGGGAAGUAUAACCUUCCUAAUGACGACGUCGAGAAGGAGAGACUUGACUUGCAGCAUAACUUGUUUAUUUUGAUGCUCGAUAACAAACUCGGUCUCGCACCUCCGAAUGAUCCUAAUUCUAAGGCCAAGCGUGUUCUUGACGUUGGCACCGGGACAGGAAUAUGGGCCAUCGACUACGCAGACGAACAUCCGGAAGCAAAAGUGAUUGGUGUCGACCUUUCGCCUAUCCAACCUGAUUUUGUUCCUCCGAACGUGGAGUUCUUCAUCGAUGAUAUCGAAGAGCCGUGGAACUUCUCUGAGCCAUUCGACUACGUUCACAGUAGGAUGAUGACGUUUAGCAUCAAGAGCUGGCCGAACCUUGUGAGCAGCAUUUACGACAAUCUUGUGCCGGGUGGUUACGUGGAGCUUCUUGAAAUCGACCUUUUCGCUCAUUCAGACGACAGCACCCUAACCGAGGAUCAUCAUCUCUCCAAGCUUAUCCACCUUCUUGACGAAGCAUCCACCAAGAUUGGUCGCCCAUUCCAGGAUAAUAAAAAGAACAAGGACAUUCUGCGCGAUGCGGGAUUCGUGGAUAUUGUAGAGGCUGUUUUUAAGUGGCCGACGAACCGCUGGCCUCUGGAUAAAAGGUAUAAGGAGAUUGGUGAGUGGAACAAUCUCAACAUGGAUAGUUUCAAGGGUCUUGAAGCACUGUCCAUGGCAGCUUUGACGAGAGUUCUUGGGUGGAGCCAGGAAGAGGUUACCGUCUUUUUGGCAAAGGUCAGAAGGGACCUGAAUGACAGGACCAUUCAUGCUUAUUGGCCGGUAUACUCAACUUAUGGAAGAAGACCUCUCGAUUGAGACGGCGAUGAAGUGUUCAGCACUCUCAUCAAAAGAUGUUGAGGAAUAGUGGCAUUGUUUAUUAAUAUUGUCAUAGAUGUUUAUCAAACCCAGUGCUUCGACCUAGAGA